AUGAGAUNACCAGAUCCACAUCCGUAUCCACGUCAACAUCCACGUCCACAUCCACGUCCACGUCAACAUCCACAACCAGAUCCACAUCCGUAUCCACGUCAACAUCCACGUCCACAUCCACGUCCACGUCAACAUCCACAACCAGAUCCACAUCCACGUCAACAUCCACGUCAACAUCCACGUCAACAUCCACAACCAGAUCCACAUCCACGUCAACAUCCACAACCAGAUCCACAUCCACGUCAACAUCCACGUCAACAUCCACAACCAGAUCCACAUCCACGUCAACAUCCACGUCAACAUCCACGUCAACAUCCACGUCAACAUCCACAUCGUCAACAUCAACAACAACUGCUUUGA